AUGGCGCAAAUUCAAUCUGACUUGACCCGGGCCGAAGAAAUCACUCGCUAUCAGUUUCGUGAUAGAGGGCUUCUUUAUGAGGCAUUGCAAAGCGCAACCAGAGACAGAGACGAACUGACUGGCGAGAUCCAUGAGUCCGAUGGCAAUCGGCGUCUUGCGAAGUUAGGAUAUGCAGUCCUGGAGCUGGCGAUGGUAGAUGAGUGGUUCAGACGAGGCAUGGGCCAUCGAGAGCUUGACUUGCUGCGAAAGAAAUUCCUGGCCAAGGACUACUUGUCCGAUGCCGCGCAGCAGAAAGCGCUGCAUACCUGCCUGUCGAUGUCUCAGCGGCAGGAAAACAUUGCUGCUCCACCGACGACCAUGAAACUGGUCUUGAGUGCCAUAGUGGGCGCAGUUUGGCUUGAUGCAGACGAGAAUAUCAACGGGGGUCUCAAUAAUGUGAAAACUAAAGACGAGAUUACAAACAGCCGUGAAGCGGGAAUCCAAGCUGUCCAAGAAUUGAAGGAUUUCAUCCAAGAACUCGAAUGCACGGUACGGAGCUUCGACGACACGUGCCGUGAAGUUUAUGAGAAUGAGCUAGAGGGAUUGGAUUCACCAUCUCGCGAAGCAGAAGACUACUUGGAACCACAGAUGUUUCUAGAGGAACCCUGUGCAGAUCAUAACAAUCAGGUUUCGCUUGCAACUUCGCAGGGCCCAUCCUUCGAAGGAGAAAGCCCCUUGAAUUUGUGCUUCCAAUCACACGGAGAGUGCGAUUCAGACAAUUCCUUGCCGUUGACAACCAUCAGUCCUCACCUGAUAUCAGGUCUACAUCCCAUUCGACCAAGAGCCAGCGCAUAUCAACCUAUAUCUCCGUCUCGGCAUCCUGAAAAGCGCAUAUGCUUGCCGGAUUCACUCGGCGGACACGCAUUUCGAGGACCGGUAACGGAAAUGAAAUCUAAGGUGAACUCGACGCGUCCUAGUCGAAGACAAACGAACCAUUCUCCACGGGGGCGCACCAAGACCAUUGCGGGUUCAGACCUUUGUUGUGCAGAGCUCAACUCAGUAGUGAACAGCCUAAUCUGCAGUGUUGCUGGGAUCCUGUCAAUCAUUCAGCUCAAACAAGCACUGCGAUUUCUGAGGGAACGACAGGUGGCGUCGAACAUGGGCCUACCAUCCUCAACCAAAGAAAUAUGGAAACACCUUGAUAUUUUGGAAUCUAACACCCACACGAAUAAUGUCAUCCAUCGACUUUGUCUUGUCCGAUUGCACUCACGAAGAAAUGAAUUGAAAAGCUUGUUUGGCAAUGGAGCCAACCGCAAAAGGCCGGGAACGUCGGUGAUUGACAAGAUCGCCGAGGACGCUGAAGAGGAAGACCGAGACAAGGUGAAGAAUCGACUUCAUGCCGGCGUGAUCUGGGACGCGAUAUAUAGGGAAUUUUCAAUUGGAAUCCUGGCACUCAUCCCCUCUGGAAAGGCAGACUGUGCCAGCAAUGCUGCGGUAGAGAAACUGAGCAAGAAGGAUCUUGAUGACUUUCUCAGACCCGCCAAGAAUAGCCGUCAUAGCUUCAUCAAGGAAGCAGCUCAAAAGGUCACACAGAUAAUGCCAUUGUUUGAAGGGACGCCUUGUGAGACUGUAUUGAAGCUUGAGCGGGCUGGUGUGGGAGAGCUGGAAUCUAUCCGGCACCAGGACGAACCAAAGGGUUUAGAAUUUCUGGAUUCGGUCUAG